AUGAGCAGUGAUCAACGUCGUUUAAAGAUUGAAGAUUAUGCUCAUGGUUACCGUUUUCUACUAGCCGAUGAACAAAAAAGAUUCAAACUUAAAUCACUACGAAUAAACGGGACAAUAUCAAAUGAACUGCAUGUUUAUAUUUUAGAUUACAAUGAUAUAUUAGUCUAUAAACAAACAGCCCGUGUAAUAAAUGAUGUAUGGGCUACACUAAAAUGGUCAUGCAUUUCUCUAACAACAAGUAUUGAAUUAAGAAAUAAUUAUUAUCUAUUUGUUUGGUCAAGUUCACCUAGAGGAAGUUCACAACCAAGAGCAAGACCAUCGUAUCUUGGCUAUAAAAAUGGUAAUCAUAAUUUACGUCCAGUUAAUGAUCAUAUUUCGGUUCGGAGUAAACGCUCGCUGAUUAAAACAAUAUGUGAUUCAGAUUUACAAAUUGGAACAAAAUUCAAUGUGGUUUAUGAUGCAUUACUUACAAAUGAAAAAGAUCAUGAACGGAUACCAUCAAUUGAUAUGAUAUUAGAAUUAGAUGAAUAG